AUUCAUUGUGGGCCAGGCCGCCCCAGCCGAGCGCCGAGGAAGCGCACGGCGCAGCCGGCAGGGAGGAAACGGCGUCGGCCCCGCCCCUUAGGCAAACUUAGCUGCGCUCCGAGCGCUUUAGUUCUCACCGGCUUCUUCCUCCAGGGUCUCUGUUCUGUAGACUGUCUAGUUAGUUGCGUGACUACGGGACAGAUUGUUGUUCCAGUUUUAAGCUCGUUAUGGGAAUGAGGUUUCAUGGAACUGAGGGAACUCGCUCAAGAUCACACAGAGGGAAGUGACGGUGAAUGCCAAGAUGUUUAAGCGUAGGCUCAAGAGGUCAAUGAAGCUAAGACUUAAGGUGCUUACGCGAUGUCAAGUUGUUAGCAUUUGCACUAACUCGGAUAAUUAUGUUUCAUAACGUUAAAGCGGUCUGGCUACUUUUCAGAUGGGGAAGCAGAGUCAAGUACAAAUAGUUCGGACUGGAGAGAAUACUCGCGAGUAAGAGCGUAUACUGCCCUUGCAGUAUAGAAUUCAGUUCCCAGCACCCAUGUCAAGUGGCUCACAAUUGUUUACAGUGUUAGAAGAUCCACCACCUCUUUGCUCUUCGGGGAUUUGCACACAAGCGCACAUACCUACAUACAUACACAGACAUUAAGAAUAAGAUAAAUGUAAAACAAAGUACUGCCGGGCCUGGUAGUUAAUGUCUGUAAUCUCAGCAUCUGGGAGACUGAAGCAGGAAAAUCUCCUGAGGAGUUCGAAACCGCCCUGGGCUAGAUAGUGAACUCCAGAACAACCUGGACUACGAGUACCUUUUACAUCCCAUUGAGAGAGAGAACUUGCGAGGCGAGCUGGACAGCUCACAUCACGGAUGGCCGCACUCUGCCUUCAUACACUAGGCCAAAACUCCAGGGCUUACGGUCUUAAGUGGCUCCUCUGCACACUUCCCAGGCACUCGGUUGUUUGAUCUUUGCUCUUUCUUGGAAGGUAAGAUUCUUAUUUACAGGUAGGAAAUGAGAGUCUAACAUUUUAAAUAACUUGUUCAAAAGAGUAUGUGGGACUGAGAUUCAAAGCCAGUGGAUCCUAUUCCAGAGCCUGAGUUAACCUGUAAAGUGCACACAUGGGCAUCUAAAGGUGCCAAGUUUCUCCGGCUUUUGUCCUGAACUAAACUGCAAUGAAACUCCUUUGUAGAAGAAUUGCACUAUUAAAAACCACGCAUGUAGCGAACUCCGCACUUCCCUUCCUGGAAGAAUAUUGAUCCUUGUCGCCCACCGUGAGUCGUGUCGUUAAUUGGUCAGCUAUUGUCAUGUGAUGGGCCCGCCCUCUUUGCUAACAUGGCCGCUUCCAGGUCCUAAUGCGCGAAGCGUGCACCGCGACUUGUGUCCUGUGAGCAGAGAGCAGGAGGGUUGAGGUGCCCGUGGAUGUCCCACACGAGGACGGUCCUGUGGCUAAGCCGCCCUCUCCGUCAGGCCCGCAUCCUCUGUAGAACUCAGUUCAUGGAACAGAAGGCCCAGGGGCCGCCCUCUCCACCAGCGAUGGAGAACGGCACACAGCCCUGCGAAGAGCGCCCACCCGCGGCCCCGGAGGCGACUAUCACCGAGGGCGCCGCCAAGAUCGUCUUCCCCAACGCCAACGAGGUUUUCUACAACCCAGUGCAGGAGUUCAACCGGGACCUGACAUGUGCCGUGAUCACUGAGUUUGCUCGAACUCAUCUUGGGGCCAAGGGAAUCCAGAUCAAGGUACCAGGAGAGAAGGACUUGAAGAAAGUGUGUGUGAACUUGUGUGAGCAAGAAGAGGAAAAGGCUGAACAGAAAGAGGAUGAAAACCUGACCCCAGGAGACCAGCCUUCGACAGCUGCAGUUGGUGAGAUCUGUGAGGAAGGUCUACGGGUGCUAGAAGGCCUGGCAGCAUCUGGUCUGCGCUCCAUCCGAUUCGCCCUAGAGGUUCCUGGCCUCCAGUCUGUGGUUGCCAAUGAUGCCUCUGCCCGGGCUGUAGAGCUUAUUGACCGAAACGUGCACCUCAAUGGGGUAGCACAUCUUGUACAGCCCAACCAGGCGGAUGCCCGGAUGCUGAUGUACCAACACCAAAAGGCAUCUGAGCGUUUUGAUGUCAUUGACCUGGACCCUUAUGGCAGCCCUGCCCCCUUCCUGGACGCAGCAGUACAGGCUGUGAGUGACGGAGGACUGCUGUGUGUCACCUGCACGGACAUGGCAGUAUUGGCAGGGAACAGCGGGGAGACAUGCUACAGCAAGUAUGGAGCCAUGGCCCUCAAGAGCCGGGCCUGCCAUGAGAUGGCCCUGAGAAUUGUGCUGCAUAGCCUGGACCUGCAUGCCAACUGCUACCAGCGCUUCGUGGUGCCGCUGCUCAGCAUCAGUGCCGACUUCUAUGUCCGGGUUUUUGUGCGCGUUUUCACAGGCCAGGCCAAGGUUAAGUCCUCAGCCAGCAAGCAGGCCCUGGUGUACCAGUGUGUGGGUUGUGGAGCCUUCUACCUGCAACGCCUUGGCAAAGCGUCGGGAGACCCUGCUGGCAGGGUCAAGUUCUCUGCUGCCUGUGGUCCUCCAGUGACCCCUGAGUGUGAACACUGUGGACAGCGACACCAGCUUGGAGGCCCCAUGUGGGCAGACCCCAUCCAUGACCUGGACUUUGUGGGCCGAGUUCUUGAGGCAGUGACCACUAAUCCUGGCCGCUUCCACACCUCCAAGCGGAUCCAAGGUGUCUUGAGUGUUGUUACUGAGGAACUUCCCGAUGUCCCUCUCUACUACACACUGGACCAACUGAGCAGCACCAUCCACUGCAACACACCCCGCCUUCUGCAGCUUCGGUCAGCUCUCCUCCACGCUGGCUUCCGAGUCUCUCUCUCCCAUGCUUGUAAGAAUGCAGUGAAGACAGAUGCUCCCCCGCUAGCUGUCUGGGACAUCAUGCGUUGCUGGGAGAAGGAGUGUCCCGUGAAACGGGAGCGGCUGUCGGAAACAAGCCCGGCGUUCCGAAUUCUGGCUGUGGAGCCCAGGCUGAAGGCCAACUUCAACAUCCGGGAAGAUGCCAACCCCAGCUCCCGCCAGCAAGGACUCAAGCGCUUCCAGGCCAAUCCAGAAGCCAACUGGGGUCCCCGGCCCCGUGCCCGGCCAGGGGGCAAGGCAGCAAGUAAAGAUCUGGAGGGGAGGCGGAGGCUGCUACAGAGUAAGCGGAAGGAGCCUGCGGAGGACCCGGCCCAGAGGGCAGCUCGCCUCAAGACAUUUCCUUGCAAACGAUUCAAGGAGGGCACCUGUCAGCGAGGGGACCAGUGCUGUUAUUCACACAGUCCUACACCACCUGUGGCCUCUGCGGAUCCUCCCCUCACGGACUGUCCAGAGACCACCCCCAAGAUCCUCCCCGGACCAGAUGCUGCUGCUGGGGGGGGCACUGCUGCGCCAGGUGUGGACUGAGACAAUAAAGAGAAACCAUUUUC